UCUCAUUUUCAGUUCAGGAGGAGGUUAUGUCCCACCUGGCUCUGGGAUGACAACAAAAAUCAUCCAUUUCAUGGUUAACGGGAGGCUGGAGCAGGCAGAGUUUGGAGCUGACUGCUCUGCUGCAGAAGUCAAAGAUCUGUUCCGGGCGGCGGCGGAGGCGAGGCCUCACCACAUCCUGAAGAUGUACAGCAGAAACGGCAGCGUGGUGAACAUCUCCCCCCGACUGGAGGCCAACAGCCAGGACUCGUACUACCGUCUGGAGGUGGUGGCGUCAGAUCUGAGUGUGGGGAUGCCGACGGAGCUGGACGACAUGGAGAACAGGCUGAAUCAUCUGGAGAGCAAAGUCAUCGAAGACGUGGGAAAGACUCCGGACCUCAUCUGUGAGCUGAAGAGCCAAGUGGAGUCUUUCAAGAGGAAGCUGGAGAGCGUGGAGCACCUGAGCUGGAUGGGCCUGUUCAAGGAAGACGGUGACCAGCAGCUCUCCAAGUUCUCCCCGAAAGCCCAAACGCCUCAGCUGAGCGUGCAGGAGGAGCGCCAACAGGUCCGCAGGAAGUUCCUCAACAUGAGUUCGCUGCAGGUGACAGAAGAGGUGAGAGAGCACCUGAAAACUCCCAUUUUUGACAACUGGCAGUGGGAGGAGGCGGAGAUGCUGGUGCUCCUGCAGGUGAUGUUCACUGACCUGGACUUCCUGACAGCCCUGCACAUCGAGCUGGACACCCUGCAGAACUUCCUGUUCGAGGUCUACUGCCACUACAACAGCAUCCCCUUCCACAACUUCAGGCACUGCUUCUGCGUCACUCAGAUGAUGUACGGGCUCAUCUGGCUGACGGACCUCAGGAGCAAACUGUCCAGAAUCGACCUGCUCAUCAUGUUGACCUCGGCUCUGUGCCACGACCUCGACCACCCGGGCUACAACAACGUCUACCAGAUCAACGCUCAGACCGACUUAGCUCUCCGCUACAACGACAUCUCCCCCCUGGAGAACCACCACUGCGCGGUGGCCUUCGGCAUCCUGUCCAAGCCAGAGUGCAACAUCCUGAAGAACCUGAGCUGCGAGCAGUACAAACAAAUCCGAGGAGGGAUGAUCAAAUGCAUCCUGGCCACCGACAUGGCGAGACACAACGAAAUUCUCAACAAGUUCAGGGUCAUGCAGCCGGUUUUCGACUUCACCAACAAGGACCACAAGGACGUGCUGAUGAAGAUUAUGGUGAAGGUGAGCGACAUCUCCAACGAGGCGAGGCCGAUGGCGGUGGCCGAGCCCUGGCUCGACUGUCUGCUGCAGGAGUUCUUCAACCAGAGCGACACGGAGAAACUCAAAGGACUUCCGGUGACUCCUUUCAUGGACCGAGACAAAGUGUCCAAACCGUCCUCUCAGACCAACUUCAUCCGAUUUGUCCUGCUGCCGCUCUUCACCGAGCUCACCAAGCUGUUCCCCUGUCUGGAGCAACACAUCCUGGAGCCGGUGCGACGGGCGCUCGAGUAUUACUCCGACAUGGAGCGAGCCAGCAAGGGGGAGGAGCCGACGACCAAACCGUGAGGAGGGCGAGGGGGAGGAGGAGGAGGAGGAGCAGGAGGAGGAG